AUGAUGGAAGGAUUCCCUGUGGAUAUGACAGAAGACGAUAUUGCAGCUGAACUCAGAGUUGCGUAUCGUGUUGACGGCCUGGAAGACGUUCGGGUGAUUCGUGAUCGACAGACCAAACUGUCAAGGCAGUUAGGGUUCCUUCGAUUUCCCAAUAUCGAGCAAUCACGAGAGUUCGUGGAAAAAAACCAUCCAAACAUUUACUUUUAUGGCCCUAGUGCUGGCCCAAAUGACCGAAGCACCAAAGUACGCAUUGCUUACAGCCGCGAGAGGGAAGAUAGAGCUCGUCAAAAGGGAGAGGGCGAUUGGACUUGUCGGAUGUGUGCUAUCUCCAAUUAUGCCACACGUAUCAAAUGCUUCAAAUGCAAUGCCCCACGUCCUGAAAUGACUGCUACUGGACCACCUGGAGUUCCGGCUCCCAAAGUCGUAAAUUUUGGUGAUAAUGAUGCUGCUGCCGAGAAUCAACCCUCUCAGUUUCUGUUGUUCCGUGGCUUGGACCAUUCAGUCACGGAGGAGCUUCUUGCUAGGGGCGUUGCCAAGCUUUACCGGCCAUCUGGAAACAGUGAUAACGCUCCCACCAACAAUUCAAAGAAGGGAUCAAAGGUAGCCUCGACGACUGGCGAUAGUAACCUUGGAGCACGAGAAGGUUCAAUCCGCCGUGUCCUCCUCGUGCGGGAUCGCAGAACCAAUGAAAGUUGGGGUUAUGGCUUCGCAGAAUUCGCGGUUGUUAUGGACGCGCAAGCGGCCAUGACCCGCCUCAAAUCUUUCGAAAAGUUCACCAUCUCGUCAAAGCCUGUCAUGGUCAGCUACAUUCAUGCCGGAGUGUUUAUCCCGGUCAUGAACCCGUCAAUUAGCACCAACCGUUUCACAUUCAGCCCUUUGAGCAAUCCAUCAUUGAAGCUGAUGUACUGGGAUGACGAAGCGUUUGUGACAGAGCUCACCCUGUCAACAGAGGUGAAUGAUGCCUCGCAGGAGCAGCUCAACCAAGACAGCCAAGCUAAGGGGGCGAAGGACUCGGAAAAAGUGAAAAAGAGAAAAGCCGAUGCUACCGCUGGCGCAAACGCCAAGAAGCUUGCAAUGCCAUCCCAACUGCAAUUCUGGAGUGACCGUCAUGCCGAGCUUCACGGUAUCUCAAACGCGGGAGAUGGGAAUCCUCCAGAGACUGCCGAACCGGUCCAGUCAUAUGCCGACUACAACCGAGUUUGCUGCUGGCUAUGCAUGCGUUCGCUGAGAGAUCCGGCAAAACUCAAAUUGCACGAGCGUGCUAGCGAACUUCACCAAGCCAACCUGCAGAACAAAGAACUGACGGAUUACGCCAUGUACAAACUCGUUAAACAUGGCCUCAUUAAAGCACCUGAAGAUUACCAGCAACUGCCUGUUGCCGAAUACCGAGACCGUGCAAUGGAGCGCCGCCGGGCGUUUGGCCGUGGCACCACCUUUGGCCCUCAAAAGUCCGUGGCACCGAAGGAGGAUAACGAGCCACCUGUUCAGACGAAGACGACUUCCAAGGGUGCCUCACUUCUCAGCAAAAUGGGCUGGUCCGAAGGCACUGGCUUGGGUGCGCAAGGGACCGGUGUGGUUCAACCAAUUGCCACAGAAGUCUAUGCCCAGGGUGUGGGUCUGGGUGCCCAAGGAGGUAAGCUAGGUGAUGCAACUGAAGAGGCGAGUCGAAACACACGUGGUCGUUACGAUGAAUUUCUGGAGAAAAACAAGGAUUCUGCCCGUCAGCGCUACAAAGAUAUGUACGGGGCUUGA